CCAGGAAGUAUACCACAGUUUCAAAACACGUGUGGAAAGAAGAAAAUGGCAGACCAAGAAGUGGCUGGGGAAGAGUACCCAACAGAAAUCCUUGAGUACCUGACAGCCUUUGAAUCCUCUCUUGAUUCUGUGGAUGAGAUGCUGAAGACCAUGAUGUCUGUUUCCCGGGGGGAACUGCUUAAUAAGCUGGACCCCCUUGAACAAGCUAAACUGGAUCUAGUUUCUGCAUAUUCUCUAAAUUCCUUGUUUUGGAUUUACUUGGUUACACAAGGAAUUAACCCUAAAGAACAUGCAGUGAAACAAGAAUUGGAGAGAAUAAGAACUUACAUGAACAAAGUGAAAGAAAUCACUGACAGGAAGAAAGCUGCAAGGCUGGACAAAGGAGCUGCUGCCAGGUUUGUUAGAAACGCUUUGUGGGAGGCAGAGUCUGAAGAAUCAAAAGCUGCACGUGGAGAUUCACAUCAAUCAAAACGGAGAAAACAACAGAAUUGAAAACAAAACACAACACAAAUGGGAUACACUUUAAUGUUUGGGGGGAAAAAGAAUUAAACACAUAAAAACGAAAAAACAAAGUGCUGCAUGAAUUAUGAAAGAUAGUACUUGGAAUUCAAUGUAUAAUGAACUCUCUUCUGUACUUGUCACUUAAAUUGUCAAAAUAUAGCGUUACAAGUCCCCACGUGUUGCUACAACUGUUUAAAUAAUGUUCCUGUAUUUUUUUUUCCAUUGUUA